UUAGAGAUCACUUUGGCAAUCAUUGGAGAUAAUUUGCGUGACUCGAAAUUGUGGUUACGUGCACUGACUGAAUUCUUGUGAAAUGUACUUUUCACAUAUAACGAUGUAAUGAAAAGAAAAGGAACAUGUCUUUACUUUGCCAUUUUAAACAAGUGCGGAAACGCCAACUUGUGACGAAAGGAAAAAAACAACAAUGCAAUAAAUUGGGACAGGAAUGCAAGAUAAAAGGAGGAAUGGCGAUUUGUGCAGAAACGCCAACUUGUGACGAAAGGAAAAAACAACAAUGCAAUAAAUUGGGACAGGAAUGCAAGGUAAAAGGAGGAAUGGCGAUUUGUGCAGAAACCCCAACUUGUGACCAAAGGCAAAAGGAACAAUGCAAUAAAUUGGGACAGGAAUGCAAGAUGAAAGGAGGAAUGGCGAUUUGUGCAGAAACGCCAACUUGUGACGAAAGGAAAAAACAACAAUGCAAUAAAUUGGGACAGGAAUGCAAGAUGAAAGGAGGAAUGGCGAUUUGUGCAGAAACGCCAACUUGUGACGAAAGGAAAAAACAACAAUGCAAUAAAUUGGGACAGGAAUGCAAGAUAAAAGGAGGAAUGGCGAUUUGUGCAGAAACCCCAACUUGUGACCAAAGGCAAAAGGAACAAUGCAAUAAAUUGGGACAGGAAUGCAAGAUGAAAGGAGGAAUGGCGAUUUGUGCAGAAACGCCAACUUGUGACGAAAGGAAAAAACAACAAUGCAAUAAAUUGGGACAGGAAUGCAAGGUAAAAGGAGGAAUGGCGAUUUGUGGAGUAACCCCAACUUGUGACGAAAGGCAAAAAGAUCAAUGCAAUAAAUUGGGACAGGAAUGCAAGAUGAAAGGAGGAAUGGCGAUUUGUGUAGAAACCCCAACUUGUGACCAAAGGCAAAAGGAACAAUGCAAUAAAUUGGGACAGGAAUGCAAGAUGAAAGGAGGAAUGGCGAUUUGUGCAGAAACGCCAACUUGUGACGAAAGGAAAAAACAACAAUGCAAUAAAUUGGGACAGGAAUGCAAGAUAAAAGGAGGAAUGGCGAUUUGUGCAGAAACCCCAACUUGUGACCAAAGGCAAAAAGAACAAUGCAAUAAAGUGGGACAGGAAUGCAAGAUGAAAGGAGGAAUGGCGAUUUGUGCAGAUGAAGAUUGA